AUGGGUGCUGGUCUUAGCAAGAAGAAUUUCCACGAUGGAAGCCUUCAGCGAGCUCACGGCAAACCCUGUAACUCUUUUUCAGAAGCUCAUAUUGAACUGAUUGUAGCCCUUUAUAUUGCAGCCAAACGGCCCCGACAUUUGCAGUCGCACCACGCACCAGAACAACAAGCCCUCAUCUUCACGGAAGUUGCAGUCUGCCUUGGACAUUGA